AUGUCUUCCUCUCCGGACGUACACCACUCCUCGCCAGCUCAACUGGGGCUUAGUGCUGUACAGGACGGUUCCACGGCUUCUCUUGGUGCAGCUACCGAACAUGGCAGUGCUGAGAACAACGUCGAGUAUCGGGAGGAUGUUGUCGAUCAGAACACAACCCAUGACAACGAGGCCCAACAACCAAGCAUCGAUGAUGAGUUUAUGCAUGAACUCGCAAAAGCUAUAUCGCGCCUCCAAGAAGAAGAAGUGGAAUUGCCAGCCCCAAGCGAUGUGGCGAACAUGACGGAAGCCCAGCUGGACAGCACCUACCACAACAUCAUGCUUCGUUACGGAUUUCGACGCAUCGUUCCCUCCGGCACUGAGCCUGUCAACACUGAGCCUGUCAGCCCUGAGCCUGUCGACGAGCCUGUCGAUGAGAGCAGCUACAUACCGCGCAUCUGGCCCAGCGACGUCAACCCACCACGGCAAAAUGCUCCCCUGCCACUGUACCCAGCAUACACGGGGCAUUUCCAAACCCGUGAAGAGGCCAGGGCCUAUCGGCAGCGAUCGCGUCUACCACCCAAGCUUGCGCCAGAUCUCGAGCGUGUGAAGCGUUAUGGACGUCAGUACUGGGUGCGACGCAUAUACGAGGCCAUGAUCGACCGCUCCAACAUAUGCGACAAGGACAAUUCCAUCAACAGACAGCGGUUCGAUCAAGCCGCCGGCUUUGAACCUCUGGACUUGGAGGCAGUCGCACACCACGUGUUCGACAGCGCCUUGGCAGUUCACGAGCGAGGCUUCAGUCGUCCCAGAGUCUACCACAAGAAGGUCGUACGCGGCAAGCUGGUGGACGUGAGUGAGCACUCCGUCGAAAGGCGCCUUUCUCGCAUAUGUUACUGCCUCUCGUACUGCAAGGCGAUUGUUGACGACGCGAUUCACGGUGGAGUGCCCCUUGCGCUUCUCUGCGACAACCCAGAAGCGAGACUUGCUUCCAAGGAAUCCAACAACACGGGAAACUCGAAGCGUUCUACGCGCCUGAAGCUCGCCAAGCAACUGAAGGAACAAGAAAAAGGGAAAGGAAAGGGAAAAGGAAAAGAUGACAAUGAUCAGAAUAACGAGGAUUUGGCAGAUGGAGAUGGACGAGACGAUGGCGUUGAGCAGAACGAAGGCCAACAGCAAGCAGAGGAAUGA